AUGGCGGCGUGUGGCGAGGAGAUGGAGGCAGAAUUAGCUGAAAUAAUUGGUAGUCCAACAGUCAAAAUGUUUGGUUUGGGAUUUCUAUCUGUGGAUGCUUUGUCUGGCUUUAUCUAUGUUUUUGUGCUCGCUUUUACAUGUGGUUGCAGGAUGAGUUUGGCAAUUGGAAAUCCCUGUAGCAAAGAACUGAUAUUUGAAACUGGGGGCAGAUCUGAAUGGUUGGGGGUAACAUUCUGGCUCUCCAUGGAUAUUGCUGAUAGUAAUAGUAAAGCAAGGUUUGAGACCCUGGAUUUAUUCGGUACUUUGGAGUUUCACAAGUUUGGGUUGAAGUUGAGUCAUCCUGGUUCAGAUUAUUCAGGCUGUUGCGAUGAUAUGCAGUGUUUGAAGUGUUUAGCGUUCAGACUUGCAGAUGAGGGAGCAGGACAACAGGCAACUAGCAAAAGUGAACCAGUUGUUAGGACGGUCAUGUCUCCUGCCGUGGCUGGUAAUACUGGUUGUUUUGGAGAUUGCUCUGCAACUGGUGCUGAACAAGUUCUCUUUUUCUUUUAA